CACCGCGCUCCAGCGAAUCAGGGACUUUUUUUUUUUUAUAUCUUCUCUCAUACCAGACGAAGGAGCGGAAACGACACAUUUUCAACACAAACAGCGACGUUAUUGAUAUUUAACUGCAACACAGAGCCUGUCGUGUUGUUUUAUUUCGGUUCGGGUGGAACUUUUAAAACCAGAUAAAUUGUAAGUCAUUGUAAGGAACCUGCUGGUCCCCAGGUCUACCUGAUGAGUAUGAGCCUGACUACAGAACCCCCUAACGAUGGUCCCACUGUUACAGAAGAGAGCAAAAUGACUUCAGCCGAGAAGAAGGACAAGAAGGCAGACGAUGUGGCGGAGGAAGAGGAGGAAGAGGAAGAAUAUGUGGUGGAAAAGGUCCUGAAUCGGCGGGUGGUGAAAGGGAGAGUUGAGUACCUUCUCAAGUGGAAAGGUUUCUCUGAUGAAGAUAACACGUGGGAGCCAGAGGAUAACUUGGAUUGUCCAGAUUUAAUUGCAGAAUUUCUGCAGUCCCAAAAAUCAGCACACGACGGAAAGAGAAAGGCGGUCGGAGAUGCAGAAGGAGACGAAAGUAAAUCGAAGAAGAAGAAAGAUGAUACAGAGAAGCUAAGGGGCUUUGCUCGAGGCCUGGAUCCAGAAAGGAUUAUUGGUGCCACAGAUUCCACAGGAGAACUCAUGUUCCUCAUGAAAUGGAAAAAUUCUGAUGAGGCCGACCUGGUGCCGGCGAAGGAGGCGAACGUGAAGUGUCCGCAGGUGGUCAUCUCGUUCUAUGAGGAGAGACUCACUUGGCACUCGUAUCCCACCGAAGAUGAAAAAAAGGAUGACAAAAACUAACACAGGGCGAAGGGGCAGGGGCAAAGAAAGAAACUGUAGUUUUGAACUUCAUUGUACUUUCAACAGGGGGGUUGGGAGGGGCAGGGAGGGGGAGCAGAGACAAGCAAGACACCACUGGACUCAUUCGUCUCUUGGUGUAGUAUCAUUCAUUUGAUUCUACUUUUAUCUGGAUAUAAUCAAAAUAUAUAUAUAUGCUUCAGGUUUGCUUGACAAAGCCCUGUCCAUUUGAAUUGUAACACACAGUGUUAAUUUUCAGAAUCCAUUCCAGUUUUAAGAGUCGCCCGGAUAUUCCAGUAUGGUUUUCACACGACAUUUGGUCCAGUGCUCGGUCGUCUUUUCACGACAUUGUAUCAGUGAGGUGAUGUUUUUAUUUCAUUGCUGUGCCAUUUUCUUUACUCGGUCCAUUGGUGCUGUUGAGGGCAAAACUGUGUUGAUCUUGGCUGUUUCCCUGGGACUCGUUUGGUGUACGGUUAUGAAGUCUUUUUAGUGAUUCGUUUGGUCACUGGUAAUCUCUGUAGUGUUUUUCAUUACAAUGUCUUGCUUGUCAGUUUUGGAAAAUAAACCACUUUUUGUUACUG